AUUCUAAAUUUUAGCGCAAGAUAGCAAAAAUCAGUUAACCAGUCUGGCAGCAUUAUAAAACAGCUGAUAUCAAAUACAUAUGUUAAAAAAUUCAUAACAAUAAUAUAUCAAAAUAAGCCGCAAGCUUACUAGUAAAAUAAAUUAAGUUAUAAAAUAAAAUAAAAUUUGUUCUAAAAAAAUAUGUACAAUGUACAGCGUAUCUUUUUUAGGCCAUGCAAGCAAUUGACGAAUAUACAUAGACUGAGCACUAAAGUAAAGAAUAAAAUUAAAACAAAAACAAUACCGGCGGUAAAUACAGAAAUACCUCAAAAGCUUCUAAAUAAGAAAUUAAAAACUCCAGAUUCAAUGUACAUUAUAAAUGAAAUAGCUGCAAAUAUAAUCGACGAAAGUAUAGAACCAUUUUUAUCAAACACUCAAUGUAAAACAGCAAUCGAAAUAAAUCCUGGUCUUGGACUGUUUACGAAAAAACUAUUAGAUCGAGAAAAACAAUUUGAUAAUAUAUUACUAUUUGAAUCUACGGACGAAUUUCUGUCCAAGCAAGAAGAAUUACAUGUGCUCUAUCCGGAACGUGUAAAAGUUAAACGCGGUGAUUUUGUAAAUCUAUCGAAGAUAGUCUAUCAAGAUAAAAUGGAUAAUGGCACACGUACAGAGGAAUUGCUAGAGCAUGUACCUAAAAUGCCAUAUAAUGAAGGUAUUAAUGCACGCAUCUUUGGUGUAGUUGGCUCAUACAAUUUUUUCAAGUCCCUAAUUAAUUUUCUGGUGUUCCAAAAUGGUCUCAUUGCUUACGGACGGUAUGAGUUGUUUGUAGUUAUGCCUCCACCAAUAUACAUUCACCUUACCUGCUCUGGUGACUUAGGUUAUAUGUUUUAUCGCGCAACAUCAAUACUGUUUCAAAUUCUAUUUGAGUAUCAAUACAUAACGAAAAUUCCCCGCGAAUAUUUUAUACCACCUGAAAGUCAAAGCAAAAUGAAUCCAAAAAGUAAAUUACAUCGGGUUAAUUCUAUAAAUACAGAUUACUUGUACUUAGUAAAAAUUUCACCUCGGCAGAAUUUAAACGACUUUUGUUCCAUAGCUGAUCUUCCUGCGAUGUGGUAUUUUAUUAAACAAAACUGUGUAAGUCGACGUAAUCGUGUUGUGCCAAAUCUUGAAAAAUGGAUACCUGGUUGUGGUAUUAGAGUUAUAGCCGAUGCUUCAGUACCAGAAAGAAUUGAAUUUAUGUAUCCUAAUGAAGACACUACCAAGCUGCCUGAAUAUACUAAUCGUUGCACAACAAUGCAUUGUAGAGAUUUCCAUCAAAAUACUAAUAUAUAUACACAGUUUGGUGAUCUUAGCGGUAGCCAGAUACUUGCACUUUUUACACAGUUUCGUAAUUGGCCUGAGUAUAAUGAGUGUCCGUUCACGGCUUCACUGGAAAGCUGGCUAAUAAAAAUGAAUACAACAGAUGAUGAUAGUGCUGGAGGCAUUGAUAUAUCAGAAGAAGAUGAUAUGCGCAAUGAUUUAAUGGAAUUAGAUAAUAUGUCCUAUGAACAAGAAACUGACAAAAAAUCUGCAGGCAAAACAAAAAACACGAUAAACUUAUGAUUAAUGAAUAAGAAUACAUAUUAUGCACGAACUCCAUAAUAUUUUUUAUCAUGAUUGUAAAUAAUUCUAUAAAUACAGAGAAUUGUAGUAGAGGUUAACAAUUUUA